CGAUACGGUCGAGCCCACAACGAAGAUGCGAGGCGCGAUGCAAUCCCGUUGUUAGAAUCGCCAGACGAAAUGCGCCAUCCAGGUCGGGGAUUUCUGUGGCAUUUAACAUUGUUUUUACGGGUGCGACCACGCUGAACGGUCCUGAUCUGAUCGCACCGAGUCGCGGUGUCGGAAACAUCGCGUACAGCUUCACAGUACACGUCCAAGACUACCGAACCGCUCGCCAGCAAGAAGCACUGGCUACGCCAAGGGUGAUAAACUCAUUCGAAUCUCGGGAGUCGUCGCAAUGUCCUCUCGUCACACAUCUGCGCGCCCACGUCGCAUUGACGAUGCCCUCUCCCAACUCGUCGAUUCCUUCGUACCGCCGCUGGAUCCCUCCGCGAUCGGGGACGCCUACUCCGACGAUGAAGAAGCCCUCGCUGCAGCUGAAGAGCAGCGUCACCGCGAUUACCUCGAACGUGCCUGGCGCAUUAUCGACCAUCACACCUCCGAAUCAGGGAACGAUCCAAACUCCCCAUCCGGGGUCGGUUCCGGCCGCAGAGGAAGUUUAAUGGGAGAGAACAUCAACAGUGCCUCUGAUCUGAUCAAGCGGAAGCUCCUGCGCGAGAAUCCCAGUCCAGAUAAAGCGGUGCGGUUCUCGAAUCUCUAUUCGCGGCUGCUAACGCAGCCGGUGCUGGGUCAGAAAUGGGCUAUUUUAUAUCUGCUAUACCGGCUCUCAGAGUCUGGGACGGAUGAGAUUGAGGGUAUGGGAGGACCCCUUCCGAUGGAGGUAGACGAGGCUGAGAGGAGUCGGAGUCCGUUGAUGGAGGACGGGAAUCUGGAGAGUAUGCUGUUCAAGGGAAGGAGAGGGAGGAAUGGUACCACCGCAAUGAGGUUUAGGGAUGAUCCUGAAGGCGAAGGUCCGGCUAUCAGUUCGUCUGUCUCGCAGCGGGGAGCACAAAUUGAGAGGACAGCGUCGACCAGGAAGGCGAAGGAAUUGAAAGACCGGAUGAAAGAGAAGAGACCUAGUGUGGCUGAACCGGAGAGGGAGACGACGCCUCGUGCUGCUCGAGCUCAUGCUCAAAGCGUGUCGAGAGAGACAGCCCCAGAGGUGGAGCAGCUCUCCCCGUUGACUGCUGAACCAGGUCUGAAUGCGAUGAAACCGCCCGAAUCGGCCCUUUUGCGAGAUCUGCCGUUCAAUUUGCAAGGGUUGUCUUCGAAAAACCUGGAGUUCUCCUCUCCCACCUCUAUUAAACUACCUCCGACGCUACCGAUCCCUGUCUUAUCACUUCUACACACUCUGGCAGAACCGUGUCUGCUAUAUAAAGGUCUUCAGGACUUUUCAGAAGGUUCCGACGGGGGACUUGUCGCGCAGAGUCUGAGGGCUGCGGUCGGGAAUGAGCUGCGUUCAUACUUGGGAUUGGUGGCCACACUGGAAGGGGAAAUUAGGAGAGCAUUGGCUGCUGUUACGGACCAAAGUGAUCCCAGGGGAGUUGUCAAAGGCGGCGUUACCUUGAAGCGCUGUGUCGUGUGGACAAGGGACGCUACAAUGGCUUUGCGAUUGAUGAGUUUGAUUGUAGAGGAAGCCAAGAACAAGAAGGGUGGCCAACUGAUCUCCUUGAUCCACGGCUUCUCCUCGUCGCAUGGCGAUCCCUUUGUUUGCGCCUUUGCGGAACGACUCCUAACACACAUUACACGUCCUUUCUAUGAUAUGCUUCGACAGUGGAUCUACGACGGUGAGUUAUCUGACCCCUGGCUGGAAUUCUUUGUCGUCGAGCCGGAAUUCAAGCCCAUCGUGGACCCUCGACGAACAGCCUCUAGUGUGUGGGAGGAUAAGUACAAAUUAGACGAUAAUAUGGUCCCGUCCAUCAUCACCCAGGAUUUUGCGAAGAAGGUCUUCUUGAUUGGAAAGUCACUGAACUUCAUCCGGUACGGCUGUGGGGAGUCUGCGUGGGUUGAAGCAUACUCCAAGCAAGCAUCCAAAGAGCUGCGGUAUGGCGACACGGCAAGCUUAGAAAGUUCGAUCGAUGAAGCUUACAAAACCACGAUGGCACGCUUGAUCCAUCUCAUGGACACUAAAUUUAAGCUCUUCGACCACUUGAAGGCUCUGAAGAAAUACCUUCUCCUUGGCCAGGGAGAUUUCAUUGCUCUGCUUAUGGAGUCUCUGGCCUCGAAUCUUGACCGUCCGGCGAACUCACAAUAUCGUCAUACGCUUACUGCUCAAUUGGAGCAUGCCAUCCGUGCAUCCAAUGCACAGUAUGACUCACCGGAUGUUCUUCGCCGUUUAGACGCGCGCAUGCUCGAACUCAGCCACGGAGAGAUCGGGUGGGAUUGUUUCACGCUGGAAUACAAGAUCGAUCCUCCUGUCGACGUGGUCAUCACCCCAUGGGGCUCAACACAGUACCUCAAAGUUUUCAAUUUCUUAUGGCGCGUGAAACGCGUGGAAUUUGCACUGGGCAGCAGCUGGCGUCGAUUCAUGACCGGCGCCAGAGGCUCGUUGGCGUCUGUUGACGACAAGGUUGGCGCUGACUGGAAACUCGCGCGAUGUGCUAUUGCGGAAAUGAUCCAUUUCGUCUGUCAGUUGCAAUACUACAUCCUCUUCGAAGUCAUCGAAGCCAGUUGGGAUCAGCUACAAGCUGCUAUCUCCAAGCCCGGCUGCACCCUCGACGAUCUGAUUGAAGCGCAUACGAAAUACUUGAAUUCGAUCACGCAUAAGGGUCUCUUAGGGUCAUCCUCAAGCUCCCGGAAAUAUCAGGAAGAGAGUUUCCUGAGCCAGCUGCAUCACAUCCUGAAGAUCAUGCUCUCUUAUAAGGAUGCCGUGGAUGGCCUAUACUCGUUUUCAAUAGCCGAGUUCAGCCGCCGGCAAGAACUGAGUGCGAAGAUCGAGACGCGUACAGCGCAGGGCCGCUGGGGCGUCACGGAACGAGACAUGUUUCCGUCUUCGAGACGGGGCAGCCGAGCGCAUAAGAACUCCAUUUCAGAAUCUCCGUCCUUUGCCGCCACUCCCAAUCUUUUGGAAGUAGCCGACGAGCUAGACACCCCGACUGCUCGUGGUGGUGGUCUCUCUGUUGAUGACCAUAUGCUACCGUCUCUGCGGACGCGCCUUCGCGACCUCUCAGCCGAAUUCCGCUCCCGUCUGAACAUCCUGCUGAGUGACUUAGCCUACCAGCCGGAUGUGGACAUGCGGUUCCUGGGUGUUGUGAUGAAUUUCAACGAUGUCUAUCACCCAGUCAAGAGGAGACGGACCGCUACCGCAGGCGCCUCGUCCCGGGAGAAAGAACGGGCACGGCGCAAGGCUGCUGCAGCAGCGGCGGCAGCAUCAGCAUCAGCAUCAGGAGGGAAUGGCUCUGGUUCCGGUAGCAAUGCAGAAACCAGCACUCAGAGGGAGAAAGACAAGGGCAAGGAAACGAAUGGAACCGGCCCAGAGGAUGGAGACGGAAAUGCGAACAUCUCAUAGAACUGAGUUUGCCCAUCUCCAACGAGUCUCAGUUGUCGAAUCCUUUUUCUUCUUCUCUCCUGUCCCCCGUUCUCCGUUACGCUCUGGAUCUUACUCAUGUUCUGUGAAUGAUGCGAGACUCAUGACUGGGUGUAUAUAUGGGAGUGAGGAGUGCUUGCUGCGCUGAAUGCAUAGUUAGGACUUUGCGAGGAUCAUAGAAAGGUCUAUUUUCUGUCAUGAUCUUUACAAUGGCGCACUUUAAUUAAUUACACCAGUUUCAAAAAUAAUCCUCAAUGGAGAUUAGUCGGAUGUAAAAUAGAUGAUUUAUUGAGUGUCUAGUAGUACUUUUUAUACAUAGACAGGUACAUAAUCACCCUUAGUUACAAACACAAAUACUUAUCACAAUAACA